AUGGCCGCCGCCGCCACCGGCGGCGCUGGGGAGCCUGUGUCCGUGGACGAGCUGCUCCCCGAGCUGCUCCCGAGCGACGAGCUAGACGAGACCCUGUCGGAGAGACUCUGGGGUCUGACGGAGAUGUUCCCAGAGAGGAUCCAGUCCACGGCCGGAGCCACCUUUGAUCUCUCCCUCUUCGUGGCUCAGAAAAUUUUCAGCUCCCGGGUCCGGGCUGCCCCCAAGGCCGUGAACCCCCACUCUACUUCAAUGAUCCUGGUUCUUCCUGUUGUCUUUGAGACAGAAAAAUUGCAAAUGGAGCAACAGCAGCAGCUCCAGCAGCAGCUCCAGCAGCGGCAGAUACUUCUAGGACCUAAUACAGGGGCUGUCAGGAGGAAUGCCAGGAGCCCUACCUUUACUUCCUGGAAAAAUCUAGAUUGUUAUAUUUGA